AAAAAAAAAAAGCUAAUAUAUAAAUGUCUUCCCAGCACAUAGUGAGGUCUAUGGGCAGUGGUCUACUGCCUGCACUGGUGAAUGAAGUGCUGAGAAAGGACCGGAGUCCUGCCAACUGUCAGGCUAUCCUCAAUCAACUUUUACAGAUAUGCAGUGUGAAAGAACCCCUUGAUAUUUUACUUCAGCAAGUGGAGGACACUGAUCCAAAUGCCAUUGCAGACACCAUCACUGUCCUUAUGCCUCUUAUUCAGUCAGUGCUGUUGAGAAUGAGUGAGUCGAAGGCCCAUGGACUGGCUUUGGCCCUUGAUUCUCUGCAGAAACAGAUUUCAAAGCUGCCUGUACCUUACUCACACAAACAGGAACAGGAAGAUGUGUAUGGGCUCUGCCGAUGCUGCACUGCAGUACUGACCUUUGUACAACCCUUUGUGCAGGAAGUCAAGAAUCAAGACACAAACUCAGUGGCCACCAAACAAAGAGCUGCUCUUCUAAAGUUUUGCAUGAAGAGUCUAAGGGAACCUCUCCUCCAAGUUCAACUGGACAGAGAGGCGAACAUGACAGAAAUUUCACCCUUGUGGAAUUUUGCCACAGAAAUAAUGGCAAUCCUAGCAGUGAUCCAACAAUCUCUGCCAAAAAUCCUGUUCUAUCCUUUGAGAGGAAAAGAAGACACAAUUUCGGAGAAAGAUGCUUUUCAUCUGAAUGAAUCAAGAGCUUGCAUGGCUUACUUGCUCUUUGUCCAGCUUAUUGCCAUAGAAGUGUUUCCUGCAGUGUUUAGCCCUGUUUUUGUCCUGCAGUGUAAUAUGGAAUACAUCAAUCUUCUUUUAAGUAGAAAGGAUGAAUCAUGGAUAUUGAAAGGACUGGACUUACAUGUUAAAUGUUUGGAAAGAGUAACAGACUGCAGUCUCCCAGUGGAGCUCUUAGAGCUGAAACCAUUUCAUGAGGUUCCAAAGAACUUAAUUACAAUUAUGAUUGACUGUCCAAUCCAGCAAUUGAGAGGAAAAAGCCUUGUGGUGUUCCAGCUCUUUAUAGAGAAGCUUAAUGGUGAAGCCAAGCAUACAUUUUUCAGACGCAUCAUGAAGACUAGCCAUCAUGCAGGUGUAGAAAGUAUCAUCAUCAAAAACAUAAAGAAUCAAGUGGAACGCUGCAGAAAGUCAGCCUAUGAUGACAGCUGGUUUGAGGGGACUCCGCUCAUCUCACUGCUCAGAGAAACUCUCAUUCUCCCACAGGGCCAUGAAACCGACUUGCUACAUGGGAUGGACAGGGUAAUGGAGUCUCUGAAUCUUCUGCGGUAUUUAUUGAUACAGGAAAGAAACAUUUCUACUGGAAUAUGGACAGACCUGUGCCACAUUGCAGACAGUUACACGAAAUUAUUACGACUAUGUCUAAGCAUGUCAAAAUCAUACUACGGUACAGAGUUGAAAAGCAAAAAAGCUGUACCUGUGUAA